GAUAAGCGAUGUGAUGACCGGCGUUUUCCACAGCCGAGAGCGCGCAUCAAAGUCGUUUUUGUUUUGCUAAGGCAAGCGAGAGGUAUAAAUAGCGCUGCAUUCCUAGUGAAGUGGUCCAUAAGUCAAACGCUUCAGUUCCAAUAAGAUUUGUGUUAACUACAAAGUACAUAUAUUAAAAGCUUUAUUGUAGCAAAAAUGGCAAAUCCUAAUCAAGCACCAAAGUAUACGCAGCUCUUUAUCAACAACGAGUUCGUCGACGCCGUCUCCGGAAAAAAGUUUCCAACCAACAAUCCGGCAACUGGUAAACUGAUAGCCCAAGUUGCUGAGGGUGAUAAGGCUGACGUUGACUUGGCUGUGGCUGCCGCUAAGAAAGCAUUCCAUAGAAACUCCGAAUGGCGCAAACUGGCCCCACUCCAACGCACAGACUUGAUAAACAAGUUCUGCAGCCUCUUGGAACGUGAUAAGAGCUUAUUGGCUAGCCUUGAGACACAAGAUAAUGGCAAGCCUUACGCCGACUCUGUUUUUGAUAUUGACAUCGCCAUUAUGACAUUUAAAUACUAUGCCGGCUGGACCGAUAAGUUUUUUGGCGAUACAAUUCCUGGUGGUGAAUUCAUUGUACAGACACGUAAGGAACCCGUUGGUGUGGUUGGUCAAAUCAUUCCAUGGAAUUAUCCGAUACUUAUGUUGGCAUGGAAGUGGGCGCCGGCUCUUGCUGCUGGUUGUACGAUCGUUUUGAAACCAGCCGAACAGACACCACUCACCGCACUGCACUUGGCGGCUUUGACUAAAGAAGCUGGUUUUCCCGCUGGUGUCAUCAAUGUCAUACCCGGCUACGGCCCCACCGCGGGUGCUGCGAUAUCAGAACAUCAUGAUAUACAGAAGGUCGCAUUCACUGGUUCCGCAGAAAUUGGACGCAUUAUUAUGGAAGCGGCAGCCAAGACGAAUUUGAAGCGGGUUACGUUGGAAUUGGGUGGCAAGAGUCCGGUUGUGGUGUUCGACGACGCCGACAUUGACUUAGCGGUGGAUAUUACCCACGAAGCACUUUUCUCAAAUCACGGUCAGAGCUGUUGUGCCGGUAGUCGCACAUAUGUACACGAAAAGAUUUACGAUAAAUUCGUUGUCAAAGCUGUGGCGGCAGCCAAAGCCCGCAAAGUUGGCAAUCCAUUCGACGAGUCCGUCAAACAGGGUCCACAAAUCGACGACGAAAUGAUGAAUAAGGUCUUGGGUUAUAUUGAAAGUGGCAAGCAAGAGGGUGCCAAGUUACAAUGCGGUGGCAAGCGCAUUGGUAAUGUCGGCUACUUUAUCGAACCGACGGUGUUCUCGGAUGUUACCGACAAAAUGAAAAUCGCACAGGAGGAGAUCUUCGGACCUGUUCAGUCAAUCUUUAAAUUCAGCGACAUGGAGGAGAUCAUUGAUCGUGCCAAUGACGUGGUGUACGGUCUCGCAGCUGGUGUUAUCACCAAUGACAUCAACAAAGCGACGAAAUUCGCCAACAACGUCAAUGCCGGUUCCGUUUGGAUCAAUUGUUAUGAUGCUGUGCUACCGCAAACUCCUUUCGGCGGCUACAAGCAGUCUGGCAUUGGUCGUGAGCUGGGCAAGGAUGGUUUGGACAGUUAUCUGGAAACCAAAACUAUCACCAUGAAGUUAGUCUAGAGUCUAGACUAAAGUCUGCCAACUAAAAUGGCAAAGCAUUUCAUAUCUUUUUUUACUUUUUUGGACUUCUGUAUUAUUCCAAAUUAUUUUCGUAAACCAAUGCAUGUAUCCAAGUAUACAUA